AUGGCGAUGCCACGCCCAAUCCGCUUUAUGGCCCUGGCUACGCUGGCCCUGUUUGUGUUUUUGCUAUACCACAUUGUGAAAAGCCCGACAGUGAUAACGGCGCCAGGAGGCAGAGAGAAGAUGUCGGAAAUGAUCCGAGAUCCCAACCUAGAUCCUACCGACGAACCACCUGAACCUUUGAACCGAGUGAAAGGCAACAACUACGAUCCGGAUAACCCGAACUCCGAUCGCAUCAACGCGACACUUCUCUCGCUGGUGCGAAACGAAGAGCUCGAGCACAUUGUGGGUAGUAUGCAGGAGCUGGAGCGCACGUGGAACCACAAAUUCAACUACCCUUGGACUUUCUUCAACGAUGUGCCGUUCACGGAAGAGUUCAAGCGCGCCGUGAGAGCGAACACGAAGGCCGAGGUCAGGUUUGAGGAGAUUCCGAAAGAGCAUUGGGAGAUUCCUUCAUGGAUCAAUAUGGAUCUCAUGGAGGAAAGCGCGGCAAUGCUUGAAGAGAAGAAGAUCCAGUACGCCAGAAUGAAGAGUUAUCACCAGAUGUGUCGAUGGAAUAGUGGCAUGUUCUACAAACACCCUGCACUGAAGGAUACGCAAUACUACUGGCGCGUCGAGCCGCAUGUCAACUUCUUCUGCGACGUCGACUACGAUGUUUUCCGCUACAUGCGCGACCACAACAAGACGUACGGAUUCACCAUCAACAUCUACGACAAUCCAGACACGAUCAAUACACUGUGGCCGGAGACUAUCAAAUUUCUAGCUGGCAACAACCAGUAUCUGUCGAAGAACAACGCAAUGGGAUGGCUCACGGACAAAGAGCGACGCCCCGAGUGGAACAUUAGGGCGAACGGAUACUCGACCUGCCAUUUCUGGUCGAAUUUCGAGAUUGCUGAUAUGAACUUCUGGCGAUCAGAAGCUUACGAAAAGUACUUUGAGCAUCUUGAUCGUGCAGGUGGCUUCUUCUAUGAGCGAUGGGGCGACGCGCCCGUUCAUUCCGUCGCUUUAGGACUGUUUGAGGACAGUAGCAAGAUUCAUUGGUUCAAGGAUAUCGGCUACAGGCAUAUCCCGUUCUUCAACUGCCCAAACAGCCCGAAAUGCAAAUGCAAACCGGGACAAUUUUACGAUGGCGAACCAUUCCUGGCCAAAGAGGAUUGCAGGCCAAGCUGGUUCAAGUAUGUUGGUAAUGAGUGGGCUAAGAAAGGCUGA